CAUAGUGUAAGCACAUGUGUAAGGGACAACGACAAUACGUAUUGACACUGUCGUUAUAUCAUUGAAUGUUUGCAUUCUUUAUUCAGCAGUCAACAUAAUUAGUCUGCUCAAUUGUAUAUUGUAUUUAUUUACUAAUUGCUCGACGAAAUAUAGUGCUUAUAUACAAGUUAUACUUAGUUGUGAAGGACUAUAAUCAGGAUCGACGUGCAUGUCCUCUAUUAUGAAUGAACAUGGAGUACUUUAAAGUGUUAUGGAUUUUUCUCCUUUUGAAGAUAUACUGUGCUCAUACAUUACAAACUGGGUGCUCGCGGAAGUUAAAUGAAGAAGAAUGCUUACUCAAAUUAUAUUGUUUGAAUGUGACAGAAGAUAAUGUUGAUUAUUAUAAUCGACAUAAUUUUAAUUCUCAUAUGAAUUGCCCCUUUUAUCAAAGUCCACAUACUGGCUAUCAAUAUUACAUGGUAGAUAUGAAAUUUCAAGGCGAUGCUGAAGGAGAUGGUAUUUUCACUAUACCAAACCCAACAUAUUAUAAUUGUUUCAUCUGCCCUAUGAUAUAUAAACUAGACUUAAGUAGUAACAGUUACACGUCUUCACCAACCCUCAGUGCAAUGAAAAAUUUAGCUUAUUUAAGUUUAUCACGGAAUUCUUUGACAGUUGCCAAGCUUUCAAAUAGAUAUGAAUUAGCCAAGUUGAUAAGCUUAGAUUUAUCGUAUAAUACUAUAAGUGAAAUAGAUGUUGAAUAUGAGUCUUAUACCGAAUUACAAAUAUUAAAUAUAUCAAACAACUAUAUUGUCACCAUACCGGAUGCAAUUUUCGAUAAUUUUCCUCAGCUAUUGACUUUAGAUUUAUCUCAUAAUUUUAUAGAUGUACUGGGGGUAGCUACUUUUGAAGGCUUAAAAAAACUAUCUACGUUGAUAAUUUCACAUAACAGACUGUCGGAAAUAAAGGAGUCGCUAUUCAGAUUCAGUCAACUCAAAAUAUUAGAUUUAAGUAACAAUAGACUCGAACAUAUAAAAUCUAGAGAUUUCGAUAAACUACAAGGACUAACUCAUUUGAAUUUAAGUGACAAUUCUAUAGCAACAAUUGAAAAUACAGUAUUUAAUAGUAUGGGCUCAUUACAGUUUCUUCAGCUUAGUAAUAACAGCCUCCAGGACCUAAGUAAAGUAAAUUUUUCGAAUGCUAUUAAUUUAGUUUAUGUCGACUUUUCAAGGAAUGAAUUAAAAAGUUUACCAAAGGAAUUGUUCAAAGGAAAUAAUCUUACCUUUUUUAAUAUAGAAGGUAAUAAUUUGGAAGGUACCCUUAUAAAAGGAACAUUUAAGGGGUUGAAACGAGUUCCUAAGUUGGAUCUCAGUAAUCAACAGCUUACAGCUAUAGAAGACUAUGCAUUCUUGGGUCUCGAGGCUAUAACGUACUUGAAGCUAAACAAAAAUAAAUUACAAUCACUAUCCCUUAACAGUUUUAAAAACUUAGUAACUUUGACCACAUUAGAUUUAUCAGAUAACAGAAUUGUUGAUUUGAAUUUUGACUCGACAGAUUUGAUUAAUCUUCAUGUGAUUUCAUUGGAAAAUAACUUUAUUAGUGAAAUAGAACCUGAAUAUUUUGAAGGACUAUCAUCGUUACAUUUCCUACAUUUGUCGAAUAAUAAUUUACAUAAAUUGGAUUCUAUUUCGUUCAACUCUCUUCAUGAAUUAAUAUAUUUUGAUAUAUCUGGUAAUCCUUUGAAUGGGACAUUGGAAACUGACACGUUCAAUGGUCUAAAUUCUCUUCCAUUAUUAGAUAUCUCUUUUACUCAAUUGGAAAUUGUUAAAAAUGGUUCUUUUAAAGGAUUGGAAAAGCUAAAAAAACUCAACAUGUCUCAUAGUGCAAUCAAACACAUAGAGUAUAAUUCCUUUACACUUUUAAGUACAGUAGAGACCAUCGAUUUAUCAUUCAACCAAAUCAGAACAUUAGAAAUUAAUGGUACAGAUUUAGUAAAUCUCAAGAAAUUGUUGCUAAGCCAUAACCUUUUGAAAUUUAUCACUAGUAAUGUUUUCUUAGGACUUUCAAGUUUAACCGAGAUUGAUUUAUCUUAUAAUGAUAUCAAAGUAUUACGGAAUGACGUAUUUGAAAACCAAGGAAACCUGGAAUACUUAGACAUGUCAUUUAACUCAGAUGUGGCCUUUGAUGUUUCUAUUAUAAGUCAUAAUAAACAUCUGUAUUAUUUACAUUUAUCAGGUCUUAAAUGUGAAAUAAAUUUUACAUCAGUUGAUGAAAACUUGUUAUUUGAAUUACAUUUAACUUAUACAACUAUUAAAAAUAUCACAUAUUUAGAUUUGCAAAAAUUGACGGCAUUGCGCAUACUUAUACUAAGUCAUAAUAUCAUUGAAAAGGUAGAACAAGGUUCAUUUUCUAAUAUGAAUGUUUUAGAAAGAAUAGAUUUGAGUUAUAAUAAAAUCAUGUUUUUACAACCAGGAGUAUUUACUGAUAACACUUAUUUACAUACUCUUAACAUUUCUCAUAAUUUCCUUACGACCGUUGCAUACGGAGUGCUCAAUGGGCUCUUCUAUUUAAAUACAUUAGACAUUUCAUAUAAUAGGAUUACAAACUUAGAAAGUGAGCGGUUUAAUGAAGUUCAGUCCUUACAAGUAAUAAUUGCAGAUUAUAAUCGCAUUGAUUAUUUAAAUGUAAAAGAAUUUUCUGGGACUAAUUUAAGGGAAUUAAGUAUUGGUGGAAACCUUGUUCCUUGUAAAGUCUUAGCCAAAUUGAAGGAAAAUGACGAAUCGUACAAAAUUACUGCAAUACAUUCACAUGAUUAUUCAAAGGCUAACAUAAGAGGUAUUACAUGUAUAAAUGAAAUUCCAGUACAAAAUCAAUACAAUAAAAGUAACAUAAAUGAUUAUAGUGAAAUAUUGACUGAUAUCAGAGACACAUUGCAUGUUAUGGUUAACAAAAACAUCACACAGGGAGAAUUUGUUAGGAAUACCAAUAAUACACAGUUUUUUCAUAACUUUACUCAAGCAUUCGAAGGAUUAACGAACGAUUAUGAAAAUAAACUAACAUCUUUUAUUAAUCAGAGUUCAUUGGUUAACAAAGAAAAGUUAAAUACUUUAAAUGAAAUACUUCAGAAAAGUGUUAAUAAAACAAAUUCACUAUUGGAAAAGAUUUUAAAAGCUUUGAGUGAGACAAAUUCGGUGACAAUACCUACACAAGCAACAAAAGAUAAAAAUUCAAUAGAUUUCAUUAGGUACAUCAAUAAUGUGAAAAGUGAAAUGACAGACGUUAUAUUAGCCGAAAAGAGAAACAUACUGAAUGAAAUGGAAAGGAAAAUUAAUGCCGCAGUAUCCCGAAACUUAACGGUACUCACCCCCCCAAUUAACAAAGAAAAACUCGUCAGUAAAAAUAAAGAUGUAGAGAGUCGACCAACAUUAUUCACAGACAUAUGCGUUUCCAUAAUUCUUUUAAUUUUAGUGUGCUUGAUUUUGUAUAAGUUUUAUAAAUCUCGAAUGUUUGUGCGUGCAAGACGUUCGUAUAGUACAAGAGAAUUGCCCAGUGCUAUGGAAAGCCCUGAUCUGUGAUAGUAACAUUAAAUUAAGUGAUUAGAUAUCUCCCAUUGUUUACAUGUAUUAUUAAAUGAGGAUCCCUUUGCAAGCGCCAUGAUCAAGGAGUAACUGCUAAAAACAAGGUACAUGGUAACAAUCCCGUAAAUAACUUAUAUUACUAUAAUGUUUACCUAUUUAUGUCAUAGUUAAAGAAAAUAAUACAGGGUCACCCAUCUGUUGAUUUUGAUAUUUACAAUGUUUACAUAUUUAUAAUUAUAUCAUUUUAUAGUUGUUCUAAAUUGUAAUAAAUACCUAAUAAUUUUAUGUCAGUAAGAUAAGUAACUCAUUAGGUUUAUCUUUUAAAUUGUAUUAUACUACUAUUAAAUAUAAUUGAAUCUAUCGAUGAA